AUUUCCUCUCGUUAUAACGAAUCGGCGUCUAAGGGUUUAAGUGUCACUUGACAUCACUGCUCCCACGUGUUCUUUCCCAUCUGGCGGCCGCGGCUCCUGUCCUGACCCUGACCCGCCCUCCCGAGGCUCAGCCGUCCCCCAACGCCCCCCAGCCUUGCACUGAUGUCGGAUGCGAGAGCCUGUGCUUAAGUAAGAAUCAGGCCUUACUGGAGACAUUCAAGCAAAGGUUGGACAACUACUUUUCCAGAACAGAAACGAAACUCAUGCAUCAGAAAAGGUGACUAAUAAAGGUACCAGAAGAAUAUGGCUGCACAAAUACCAGAAUCUGAUCAGAUAAAACAGUUUAAGGAAUUUCUGGGGACCUACAAUAAACUUACAGAGACCUGCUUUUUGGACUGUGUUAAAGACUUCACAACAAGAGAAGUAAAACCUGAAGAGACCACCUGUUCAGAACAUUGCUUACAGAAAUAUUUAAAAAUGACACAAAGAAUAUCCAUGAGAUUUCAGGAAUAUCAUAUUCAGCAGAAUGAAGCCCUGGCAGCCAAAGCAGGACUCCUUGGCCAACCACGAUAGAGAAGUCCUGAUGGAUGAACUUUUGAUGAAAGAUUGCCAACAGCUGCUUUAUUGGAAAUGAGGACUCAUCUGAUAGAAUCCCCUGAAAGCAGUAGCCACAAUGUUAAACCAUCUGUCAUGACUUUGGCAAAUGGAAACCACUGGAGAAACAAAAUUGCUAUUUACCAGGAAUAAUCAAACUAGAAGGUCUUAUUGUUCAAUGAAAUAAUAAGAUGCAACAUUUGUUGAGGCCUUAUGAUUCAGCAACUUGGUCACUUGAUUAGAAAAAUAAACCAUUGUUUCUUCAAUUGUGACUGUUAAUUUUAAAGCAACUUAUGUGUUCAAUCAUGUAUGAGAUAGACAAAUUUUUAUUACUAAAAGUAAAAUAAAUGGAAAUAUCACUGAGUAGUUGUUUAUACUGUAUGGUACCAUAGUAUUCUCACUGGACUGUGGAUACGUUGAAAUGUUUUUCAAUCAGGAUCAUCCUCCAAGCAUUCCUGUUCAUUCACGUCUGCCUCAAAUUGCUGGUGAAUACAUAAAACAGUUACUUGCUAAUCAUUUCAAUGCACGGUCCUUUUCUUGCCUCCCUUGUGUCAGGGUGGGCAUUAUUCCUUUUUUUUUUUUUUUUGAGAUGGAGUUUUGCUUUCGUCACCCAGGAUGGAGUGCAAUGGUGCGAUCUUGGCUUACUGCAACCUCCACCUCCCAGGUUCAAGCAAUUCUCCUGCCUCAGCCUCCCAAGUAACUGGGAUUACAGGUGUGUGCCACCAUGCCUGGCUAAUUUUUGUAUUUUUAGUAGAGAUGGGGUUUCACCAUGUUGGUCAGGCUGGUGUCAAACUCCUGACCUCCAGUGAUCCGCCCACCUCAGCCUCCCAAAGUGCUAGGAUUACAGGCAUGAGCCACUGUGCCCGGCCACAUAUUCUUAUCUUACCUACAUUUUCAUAUAUCUUCAGGAAACCAUCCCAUCUGCCCUAGUUUGGGAAUGUUUAAGAGUUGAAUGUUACACUGUAAUGGAGUUCAUGUUUGUGUUUUUUUCAAAAGCUGACAGUUAAAUAUGAUAGAUUCCAAGGCUUGCCAAUGAUAAAAAGUGAACCAAAGUAAUGUCUUAUGGCUAAUGAAUCCUGAAAUGAAUCCAAGCAUUUGCAGGAAAUUCUAGUUGAUGCAUAUGUAUACCAAGUAGUUUAGUAAAAUGCAAGUGGACUAAAACUUA